CUGAUACUUUAAAAUCUCCUUCAGAUGCAGUGGUUGCUUUCCAAGCCCUCAGGAAAUCCUGGAUGCAUCUUUAAUGUCUGCUAACUGCCAAGUAAGGGAGCUGAACACAUCUUUCAGGCGAGGAACCAUCACCAGGAUAUUACCAGGUAAAGGCAUGGUCACCAGGUUUGCCUCAGCACCAAGGGCCUGCACAAACACCUCCUUGAGCUGCUGGCCCUGGAACAAUCCACUCAGAGAAUCAUGGAAUCACAGAACCACUGAGAUAAACACCAGGCCCUUUGACAUCAUGAACUCAAGGCACCAGCCCUGGCCAGGCUCUGCAUCAGGCCAACAAUGGCUAUUUGUCAGUGUAUCCAGGAGUUAUAUUGACCAGUACCACGCCAAAUUCCAUCAGUGUGUUUGCAAUUCCCAAGCUUUUUGGUACGCAGAAAUGAGGUUUAAUGGAGAGGUAUCAUGGAGUGGAGGUGAAAUGGCCAAGGGCUCAGCCAUGCAAUCUGUCACAGGCUGUAGCUCCAGCCCAGCAAAGCCCAGAGGCAUCCAAGAGCUUUCAGAGAGUCUCACAAAAUGAUACAGUUCUUCAAAAUCAGCCAUGAAUUGCCAAGAAACGUGCACACAGGUGUGGAGCCAUUCCCUGUGUGCUGUCCCUGCACCCCCUGGAAAUUGUCUCUCUCCGGGUUUCCUGGGGCUCCUGCAGGCCCUGCAAGGCCACCCUGAGCUCAGCCCAAAGCUUCUCCUGUGCAGGUGAACAAUGCCAGCUGUGCCAGCCUUUCCUGCCAGCAGAGCUGCUCCAUCCCUCUGCUCAUCCUGGAGCCUCCUCUGGGCUCUCUGCAGCAGCUCCAGCUCCUCCCUGUGCUGGGACCCUGGAGCUCUGCAGCUGAUUUCUAUUUGCUGUGUCAUACUAUAAAUACAAUAAAUAUCUGACCAUGCAAGGGUCACUUGUUCCUGCUCCUGACAAAUGGAUGCUACUUUUGGAGCUGUCUCUAACAGCUUCCUGGAUGAGCAUACACUAAUAAAAAGUGAAUCAAGAGUGAGCAUGGGAAUAAAAAUUCAAGGCAAUGCAAAAGAAUUCUGAGCAAUGUGAUUCAGAGGCUGAGAAUGAAACCAGUCUGUGAGGUCUGUGGGCAAAUGGGGGGUGGGUGCUGCAGGGGCUUCUGGCUCACCCACUGGCACUGAGUGGUAUUUGGUCCGGUGCUUUAAAGGUCUAAUGACAUCUCCUGCUGUCCCAGCUAAUAAACAAGAGAGGUGUGGACUGGCUGUGUGCUGAUUGCAGUUUAUGAAAUGAACAGCAGGUGGGAGAGAAGCAAUAGGCAUCCUCCCAGACCUCCAGCUAACAAUGCCACAUCUGACAGUGUGCAGCCUGCUGGACUCAAAAUCAAACCUUUUACACCAUGCUCCUUGGAAACGGGGAGGGGUGGGGAGGAGCAGAGUGCUGGGGUGG